AUUUAAAGUAAUAAAAGUAAAACAUAAAUCUGACAACAGUGAGUGAGAUAAUAGAAAUCUGACGUGUAUUCUCUAUUAUGACAUUUAUACAUACUGUAAACAUUCUUGAAUCUAAAUAAAUUUUCUAGUGAUAAUGGUGUACGUUUCUAAAGAUGGAUCUGUUGCUAACAGCCGUCCAUGGAGUAUCGGCAGAAUUAUUGAUAUUUUCUAUGGUUUUUUUGCCUUUAUAGUUUUCUUCUUUAAGAGCCUUAUAGGAAUGGAUGUAAACAAACCAGAAAGAGGAAGUUGGUUUGGAGGAGGCUCACAAUUUAGAGGAAGCGGAGGAGGCGGAGGCGGAGGCGGAUAUUGGCCUGGUGGUGGCGGAGGCGGAGGUGGAGGAGGUCCACGUAUACGCACAAUGAAGGAUAUUAAUCCGCCAACUGUAAAUGGUGGCGGAUGCCCUGGAGGAUCUUGUGGGUUAUAACAUAUUUGGAAGACUUUUUUAAUGUGACUUGUUACUUACUUAAUAAAUAUAUUUAUUGUU